UAUAAAGGGGCGCAGGCGGCGGGGCGUUCCGCAGGCCAAGUGAGCUGUGCUCGAGGGGUGCCGGCUAGGCCCAAUCGAGCAAGCGAGCAGGCAGGAAAGCAGCUCUGAGGGGGCGAGGCUGAGGCCAGACAGGACCAGUGAACGGGAUUCGGGAACCGUCCUCUGCCCGACAGCCAGCACAUCGGCGAUGGAGCGCCUGGUCAACGGUGGAAACUUGCCUGUGAUGGCGCGCACGAGCGCCUGCCGUAGCCUCUUCGGGCCCGUGGACCACGAGGAGCUGGGCCGCGAGCUGCGGAUGCGCCUAGCUGAGCUGUCCGCAGAGGACCAGAACCGCUGGGACUUCAACUUCAAGGAGGACGUGCCGAUCCGGGGCCCCGGGCGCCUGCAGUGGAUGGAGGUGGACAGCGAGUCCGUGCCCGCCUUCUAUCGCGAGACGGUGCAGGUGGGGCGCUGUCGCCUGCUGGUGGCGCCCCAGCCACCCCCAGUGAUCGUGGCUGUCAUCCCAGCCCCCCAGCCGCCGGCUGCUGAGCCCCUCGACGGCCCAGACGAGGAGCCAGGGCAGAGGCCGCCCAGAGUCCGUGUCCCGGCGCCCUCUCCGCCCCUGGCCCCUGUCGUGGCCCCGGGGCUGGUCCCUGUCGCAGUCCCGCCGUUGGCCCCGCCAAUGGCCCCGGCGAUGGUCCCAGCGCUGGCUCCUGUUGCGGCCCCGCCGCUGGCCCCACCAAUGGCCCCGCCAGUGGCUCCGCCAAUGGCUCUGCCUAUGGCCCCGCCAAUGGCCCCGCCAGUGGUCCCGCCAAUGGCUCCGCCUAUGGCCCCGCCAAUGGCCCUGCCUAUGGCCCCGCCAGUGGUCCCGCCAAUGGCCCCGCCAAAGGCCUCGCCAAUGGCCCCGCCAAUGGCCCCGCCAAAGGCCUCGCCAAUGGCCCCGCCAAUGGCCCCGCCAAUGGCCCCGCCAAUGGCCCAGCCAAAGGCCCCGCCAAUGGCCCCGCCAAAGGCCGCGCCAAUGGCCCCGCCGCUGCCCCCGGCGCUGGUCCCAGCGCUGGCCCCUGCUCUGGUGCCAGCGCUGGCCCCGGCCUCGGUCUCCGCUUCCGAGCUAGGCUCGGACCCGGACCCUGACGCAGACGCGGCGCCUGAGAACAGCACCGAGUCGGGCGCGAACCAGGCGCAGCGCGGCCCCGAGCCGCUCGCUGACUCGCUGCACGCGGGGAUUCCGGGACGUCCCGCGGCCGGCACUGCGGCGGCCGGCGCCAACGGCGCGGUGAUCAAGAAGCUGUCGGGGCCUCUCAUCUCCGAUUUCUUCGCCAAAAGAAAGAGAUCCGCCCCCGAGGGCAAAUCCUCCAGCGAUGUCCCCCCGGGGUGCCCCCCUGCUGGCGCGUCUCCUGGACUUGGCGCGCCUGAGCAAACCCCGCGCAAGCGGCUGAGAUGAAUUAGCUUAAGAGCCCCAGGAGCACGGGGAGCUUUGAUGGGCAGCGGAAGAUGGAUCAUCGCGGGGCCUCAGCUGGGACCAUUCAUGUAGCAGCAUUCGCUGGCAGCAGCCGCAGAGCAGACUUCGUUUUUAGAAUCUGUUAUCUGUGCAAUGUAUUGCUUACUUUGCUAUAUCUAAAUGCAUUCUGCUCAUGGAGUACUUUGGUCCCACGGUGUAAAGCUUUAAGAGUCAUUUAUAUAAAAUGUUUAAUCUCUGCUGAAACUCAGUGCAAGCAAGCAAGCAAGCAAGCAAAAAAAAAAAGAAAAAGAAAAAAAAAACAUAAAAGGCAAAAAAAGUAAAAAAAAGUAAAAAAAUAAAAAAAAUGUAUAUUUGUACAAAAAGUUUUUAAAGUUAUACUAACUUAUAUUUUCUAUUUAUGUCCAGGCGUGGGUCACUCUGCCACGCAACUGCUAGGUUAUUGGUUAUGCCAAAGGUGCUAUAUUUCACCCGCAUCAGAUUAUCAGCAAGUGUAAAUUUAUUUUUCCAGCAGGCUCUAGGGGAAGGAGUCGCUCACAAACUAGCUUACAUACUACCCAUCUAGCUUGCAAUCUUUUCACGCUUUUGCUGCCUCUCUUAUUAUUAUUUUAAACUUGACAAAUCUGUUUCUAAAAAAAAAAAAAAAAGAAGAAGAAGAAGAAGGUUCCUGAGCCAUCUGUACCACUGCCCCGGCUCCUCAUCCGCCGGGUUCUAAAUAAAGAGGCCAAAAAUGCUGCAAA